AUGUUUACAGCAACGAAAUUACAGGUUGCAACAUACCUGCUCGGAGUCUGCCCCUUCUCCAUCGCGUUCCUGGUCUUCUUAAACUCUUCCGUCUCCUUCGUUAUCACCGACCUGAUUGGACAAGAAAACCGUGUCGGAGAUGCAGUGGGAACGUUGGGCUUCGCAGAUGAAGUGCUUGCUCUAGUUGCGUGUCCCGUGUGGGGGCUACUUGCAGACGGUAUCUUGGGCCUACGCCUUGUCUGCGUCUUGGGAUAUUUGAUAAUUGGCCUGUCGCUGGUCGUUUUUGUGCAAGCACAAGAUGUUUAUCCACAACUUUUGCUCGCCAGGCUACUUUUCAGCGUAGGUGGCGCUGCAGCAUCUACCAUGGUCACAGCAAUCCUUCCAGCCGUUGCAAGUAGACCCCAAUUGGCAGCUGCUGGUGAACGAGGCAGAGCUACAGACCAAGUCGAGGGCAAUCGUCUCUCAUUCAGUCCGUCAAUUGCAUCAGAAUUGACCAUCACGCCUGCCAGAUUUGCUUCAAGGUCUCCCAAGCGUCACACGAACAAUAAUGAUGACUCAAACAUUGCACGCUCCACAAGUCGUGUUGCUGGCUAUGUUGGAAUGUUGACAGGGGGAGGUGCAUUGCUUGCUUUGAUGGUGUUUCUUCCACUACCAGCACAACUUCAAUAUGCUGGAUAUGGACAAGAAGUCGCCCUGAAGUAUAGCUUUUACAUUGUCGCAAUAAUUGCGCUUGUACUAGCCUUGUGGUGUUCCAUUGGUUUGAGGGGUUUGCAGACAGAAUCGGGAAGCAGCCGAUUCAAAGCACCCGACGACCACGACAACUCCCUACGGUCCCGAACCAUGGCUACUCUGAAGGAAAUGUACUCUAACUUCCAAACAGCAAUUCUGAUCGGGUUCACACAUUCGGAGAUCACGAUAGGGUAUAUUGGUGGAUUCGUGGCCCGUGCCUCAUCCGUUGGCAUCUCUUUAUUUAUCCCACUUCUGAUCAACGCAAUGUUCAUGUCAUCGGACCUUUGCCAAGUUGCAGGCGAUCUCGACGAUCCUACCGGCCUUCCGGACAUCAAGAGAAGAUGCCCGCGUGCAUAUAUUGUAGCGGCUGAAAUGACCGGGGCCGCGGAAACGGUCGCCCUAAUUUUUGCACCAAUAUUCGGGUAUUGGAGCGCUAAAUCUGCGAGAAAGGAGAUCCCGUUAAUCUUCGCCUCAGUUAUGGGGAUUAUUGGAUAUCCAUUGUUCGCAAGUCAAUUUGACCCCGAUGACAAAGGCACUGGCAAGAGAGUAAUAGCAUUUUUGGCCGUGUGUUUGAUUGGUAUCAGCCAAAUUGGUGCCAUUGUAUGCAGCUUGGGAACUCUCAGCAAAGGAAUACUCGAAGGGGCAAUUGAAUCUACAAAAGAGACUUUAGACGAAUCAACACCCGGUGAAAGCGAACCGCUAUUGAAUCGCCCGAGCCCGCCUGUUAACGACACGAGACUGUCGGCUCUAAAGGGCUCCUUUGCCGGAGUGUAUUCACUAUAUGGCGGUGCUGCUAUUCUGAUUUUGACAAAACUCGGUGGCCUGCUGUUCGACAAGGUUUCGUUAUCUGCACCGUUCUAUAUCAUGGCUGCAUUCAACGCCAUGUUACUCUUGGCAUGCGUUGUACUGAGCUUGCGAAAAGCUAGAGGAUCACAAGAAGAGAAUCAUCCGAAUGUUGUUCUCGGCUCGUGA